GUGUGGCUCGUUAUUUUGCACCAUUUGCUUACAUACACAUGGCGAGCAAGCGAGUGCUUACAUUUGUAACUGGCAAUCCUAGAAAACUAGAAGAGGUGGUGGCUAUAUUAGGUGAAAAUACUCCAUGGAAGCUGAUAUCUAAUGAUGUUGAUUUGCCAGAGCUGCAAGGUGAGCCUGAUGAUAUAGCACGUGACAAAUGUCAAAUGGCAGUGGAAAAGAUAAAAUCUCCAGUAAUUGUUGAAGACACUUGCCUCUGCUACAAUGCAUUGAAAGGAUUACCAGGACCUUACAUAAAAUGGUUUUUACAGAAACUAGGACACAAAGGUGUUUAUGAUAUUCAUUGUAGCAUUCCAAUAUUUUUUGCUGUAGGCUUGAAUCAGUUGCUGUGUGGAUAUGAGGACAAGACUGCAUAUGCUUUAUGCACUAUUGCAUAUUGUGAAGGACCUGGUAAAGAUGUGAAACUAUUUAGAGGGAAAACUGAUGGUACUAUUGUAGAAGCCAGAGGUCCUCAUAAGUUUGGUUGGGAUCCUAUAUUCCAACCAGCUGGUUUUUCAGAGACAUAUGCCGAGAUGGAGACAAGUUUGAAGAACUCUAUAUCUCACAGACGGAAAGCACUCAAUGGUCUUAAAGACUUUCUUGAUACAACGACAAUGAAAGAUGGAGAGAACGCUAGCAAUGGUAGCGAUGGAACUGAUCUUCAGCAGCCAGAAAAGAGACCACGUUUAAACGAAUAAAAAAUAACUCCACUGUGCAUUGGAAUAUUUGGUUAAAAAAUCUUUCUAGAGAAAAUAAUAAAAA